GGAUACCCUCAAAAUGCCUUGAGCGCCUUGUCUCACACUCUUGAGACACUGCGAGUAAUGACAUCAAAGUGUCCGCCUCGCGUAUGCUCAUGGCAGUUAGAAACCACGCUUCUUCCAUCCAAUCCUUCACUUCUGCAUUAAAUAAAGCUUCACCGUCUCAAGCUCCUACAUUACCCAAUCUGCAAUGCGAAUGGCCGGCUCCAAGGCUGCGUGGACCUGCCCCUCCCAAAUCGGAAAUCCCAUCGUCCAUCACCAAUAUCACAGUGAUGCACUUUAGGCCUUCUCAAAUCGCCUUAAGCGCGAUGCACCAGCUCUCCCCAGUCACAAAAAUAGGAUCAUUUAGUCUCACGUCGUCACGGAACCGUCACAGACAGAAUCUGCGGGCGCGCAGUGAUGCUUUAGCUGUUUGGCUCGCUGAAGUGAUGCACAGGAUGGACAAGUUGCAUCCUGUACACCUCAUUGGCCGAGGCCCCUGCAUGCGCCGUUGGCGUCGGCGCUUGUUGGGUGAGACGAGGCCAAUCAUGAGGGCGCACCACCGAAUUUCGGUCAUAUCCAGGCACAGGCGUCACAAAGAAACUAGAGAAACUAGCCCAGGGCCACGCCAAAACGGGGCCGAUGAGAUGCCCAGGGCGUUUACUGAUACAUGGGCCUUGGCCGGCAUUUGUAUGCAGGCACUUGUCGCGGGCGGAACAGAAUGGGGAGGAGGCGAGGGAACAAAGAACGGGCUGUUGCAAUAAAGGGUGGACUAUGGCGCAGUUAUUUCCGAUCCAACGGUUGAGCCCUUGG